UGAUAACUUGUCAAAAUUUCAUGAUGGUAUGUGCAAACAACAUGUUAACUUGUCAAAGUAUCGUGAUGACAUGUGCAAAGAACAUGUUGACUUGUCGAAGUGUCAUGAUGACGUGUGCAAACAACAUGUUAACAUGUCGAAAUAAUAUGCUGACUUGUGCAAAUAGGUACAUAUCAUUUCAAACAGAAAUGAUCUUGUUAAACGUGCCUAAAUGUAAAGUUGAUUUGUAUUUAUAUAAGAUGCAUUCGGUUAAUAUGAAGAAAAUUGUUGUUAUGUAAGAGUAAUCUUGUUUGUAUUUGUUUCGUUAUUUUUUUAUUCGUACACAAGUGAAUCAAUGGAAUCAAUUUUAAAUAAACUGGGAUUAGGAAGGCACGCAAACGCCUUCAUAGAGGAAAAUAUUUCUCCUGAUAUUGUUAAUAAGAUGUCGUUGUAUGAUAUGCGUUGCGUGGGCAUUUAUGACAGGAGUGAAAUUAUGAAGUUGAGAACAGCCUGCCUUCAAUAUGGAACGUCAAAACCAUUUCUUGUCGAUGGUGCAAAUGGAGGCGCCCCUGUCUAUAAUAUACCAAAAAGUAACCUAGAAAUUCUCCUGGAUAUAGGAUUUACAAUAAAGGAAAUGUCUUUAUUACUUGGUGUUUCUGAAAGCACUCUGUAUCGACGAAUGCGUGUUUUUGGAUUGAAGAAAGUCAUUUUUUCGGAUAUAAGCGACGAUGACCUUACAGCUGUUGUUAAACAAACUAUAGAGGAGUUUCCAAAAAGUGGGGAACGGAUGUUGAUUGAAAUUAUAAGACAAAAAGGGAUCCGUAUACAAAGAUACCGACUUCGAGACAUUCUUCAUGAACAUGAUGAAGUUGGAAUUAAAGAACGGCAAUUGGGUAGACUGCAUAGACGUAUUUACCAUGUUCAAUGUCCCAACCACAUGUGGCACAUUGACACAAAUCAUAAACUUAUACGAUGGGGCUUUAUUAUCUCAGGGGCAAUAGAUGGUUUCAGUAGACUGGUGACUGCAUUAAGUUGUCUGGACAAUAAUAAAUCUGAUUCAUUACUUCAGGUGUUUCUAGAGGCUACCGGGAAGUAUGGUACACCUCGAUAUGUGCGAACAGAUAUGGGACUGGAAAAUACUAAAAUUGCAGAAUACAUGCAGGUAAAACGCGGUGUUCGCAGUAUUCUUACAGGAAAAAGCACUCAUAACCAAAGAAUUGAAAGGUUAUGGCGUGAUGUUUUUGACGGGGUUCUUUUUCAUUAUUACCAACUAUUUGGUUUUAUGGAAGAUGAACAAAUUUUAGAUGUUUUGAAUCCAGUACAUAUCUUUGCUCUCCAUUUUGUUUACAUGCAUAAAAUAAACGAAAAACUGAGUAUUUGGAAAGAAGCGUGGGCUACCCACAGAAUACGCACAAUUGGAUCGUCUCCUUUGCGAUUAUGGACAUCUGGUGUCAUGAACAGUGCUUCGGACACACUUGAAAACAACCUUACAUAUUUUAAUGAUGCUUUGUCAACACAUAACAUGAAUCAAACACCUUUAUUUAUGGCAGAUCAUCCAGAAAUAAGUGAAGCAUGUUUUGAACGAUUAUCAGAAGAGUGUCCUCGUCAAUGGAAUUGUUCAAAUUUCGGGAUCAGUAUAUAUCAAAACGCUAUAAGGAUUCUUAAUGAUAGUAACAUGAACGCAUAAUUAUUUACUACAACAAAAUGUAAUGUUACUGAAGCGGAAGUAGAAUUUCAUGGUUACCUCUGUUUUCAUUUUAUAUUUUAGGUAUUCAUUUUGACUAAAGUAAUAUUGAUGACCUACCAUCCAUGACUAUGGCAGAUACUUCAGUUUUUGCUAACUAAUAUAAAAAGACGUAUAUGAUUGUUUCAAUUAGAUAAUAUCUUUAUUUGAAAGAGAAACACUGUUUUAGCGGCAAAUACCAUUCUUCGUUGUACUAUUAUAAGACAAUGAAUUGCGUCACUACGCUAAUUUUAAUACAUAAGUGUUUUAAAGCUGCCUUUUCUUUCACCUCGCAUGGUACAUAUAUAAAAUACAGUGUAGAAUAAUGUUUCUGACAUUCUCAAUAAAAUUUUUGAAGUUCAUUUGUUAUAUGCAAAUGUUUACCUUAUCUUUAAAAGUUAUACUCCUCAUCUUUUAAGUUUAUACUCCUUUUUCCCCUCAUAAAGAAGGCUUUAAUAUGCAGUCUUCAAACAAGAGGUAAUAAUCUUUACAUAAGUAUCUUCAACAUUUGAAAUGUUAUGAUGUAUUAACGUAUUUACUAAUAAUGUUUUUCUCAUAGUCGUCUUGUUCAACUAUUUUGGCUGUGGUCAUGCCAGCUACUCGAACGAGACAGUUUAUCACUAAGAAAACACAACUUUCGAGAACCUCCACAGAUGUUCAUAGCACAAAUUGGCAAAAAAGGGAAAAGGAAAUAUUUAAACACUUGUUGAUUUACUUUUAUUUCAAACACUAUUAACAAUUAAACAUGUUAAUAAUUAUUUAUUAUGAACUGAGUUAAACAUAAAAGUUAUGAUCAUACAUGUACCAACUACUAUUCCAGAUGGUGCAAAACUGAAGUAAUCUGACAGUUUGUAAA